AGUGCCUGCGCCUUCUCUCCCAGUUGUCCACAGAUAUAAUCUAAGUUGAUGUUGUUGUGGUACAGGAAGAACACAGCAAGUAGCCGCUUUUCAAUCGGCCAUGGUGAGGUCGCUGUAAGGCGCCCCCUUUGUUUUUUUCCUCUGUCUUGCCCGUUCCCCCAUGACAGACUGCUAUUUCAGCACCCUCGCCACCACCUCGGCCCGCCCGCUUUGCCGUGACACACUGUACGUUGUGCAGGUCAAGGAACACGGCGGCUCUCCACUCAAGACCAACUACUCCCCCAAGCUCUGCAUGGUCGACCUCACGCGCAACGACUUCUUGUUCAAGCGGACGCCAACCUCGAAGAACGCUUUGAAGGAAGUUCUUCAGGGCGUUCUCGAGGCGACUGACGAGAAAGGGACGGUUGCAUGUGCGAUACCUCGUCCUUGGUUUGAGAAAGGCGCUCUGGUCUAUGACGCCUUCAGGGAACUCAGCGAUGCGGACGUCGAAGCCAACCCACUCGUCAUCUCCUACACGAGCGUGAGCGGAGGCGCCCAGCCGAGGCACAAGGAAGGCCACAUGCGGAACCAACAGGAGCUAGUUCUUGUGGUGCACCGCAGAGGUUCAGAUGGUACGACGGGAUUCACGUGCAACAAACGUGUUGUGGUAACAGACGUUUUCGGUCACUCCCAGGGUCCUGUCCCGCAUGCGCGACACGUCAUCCACUUGGACAACUUGCCUCCAGGGGCACCCAACGGGGGGUCCCGAACGUUCUUCCCUUCCGUGGCGUGUCAGUAUUUGAUCGCAAGGGCACAGGGGUACACACAGCUGUACCAUUUGCAGCAGUAAUGCACACCGUAGCCGAUGCUGACGUACUGCCUCGGUGCCUGAUGUUUGCUUUGACUGCGGUGUGUAUGGUCCGGAAUGUUGGGAGUGAAGGGAGGUUCAUUUGCUGUAUGCAAUGUCCGCUCAAGGGAGAGGGUUUUCGUGACUUCAUGCACGAUAGAUAGCAUGCAUGAUAACCUCUAUCUUCAGCAUGGAAUUAUAUAUUUGGUCGUGAUUUUUUUCCAUAUCUUGCGAUAGUUAUACCGUGGAGGCGAGUGAGCGUACACACAGUUAUCGUCUGUUUUCAUGCAUGGUGUCACGAAAGGGUUAA